AUGAAACAUCUUACUCUUCUUGGCAUUGUGGCAGCAGUGUUGGCUGUGAGCUAUGCAGCAGUCCUUCCCUCACCGACCAAAGUUGGUAUUGAGCAUGUGGGAAAGCAAAAACUCGUCAGGUAUAUGAGAGCUGAGGCUGCUAAGCCUGAAAAUGCUUUCUUGUCUUGUUUCGCUUGCACAAUCACCGUCGACGGACUUCAGGAUAUGUUGAAGCAAAACAAGACAGACAAUGAAAUCGCAGCAUUUUUAACAAGUAUCUGCGAUUUACUUAAUGUGGAACAGCCACACGUGUGCUAUCACAUCAUGAAAGCGUUCCAAGAUGAGGUCGUCUUUGUUCUGGAAAGAACUGUAUUCACACCAGAUGAGAUAUGUGGAGCUUUUGUGAAAGACUGUGGCCAAUCAGUUAAUCCUUUCCAUGUUAUGUGGAAUAUCACAAUCCCAGGCAACAAACCACCCGUGAAGCCUUGGCCCAAAAUUCCAGAUGGAAAACCAACUUACAAGUUUUUACAAUUGUCCGAUAUUCAUAUUGAUCGCCAAUAUGCUGAAGGUAGUGAAGCUUACUGCGAGGUUGAUGAUAUAGAAGGCACUUAUGCAAUGUGCUGCAGAAAUUAUGCUGAUGAUGCUCCUGCUCACAGUUCUCGCAAAGACAAGCCUGUCUUCAUCCCGGCUGGAAAGUGGGGAAUGCCAUUCCUCUGUGACAUACCUUAUAGAACUUUUGAAUCAAGCAUGAAGCACAUAAGUCAAGCUCACAAAGACCUGGACUACAUCAUCAUCACUGGAGAUUUUGAGGCUCACGACUCUUGGGAUUACACAGUAGAUUUGACCAAAAGCAACAUUCAGAACGUAACAAACGUCUUGUUGAAAUAUUUCCCUAAAACACCUGUGUAUGUAUCUAUUGGAAAUCACGAAGCAGUACCUCAAGAUGCUAUGGCACCUCACACCAUGGCCGAGUAUAACCAACGUGGGCCACAAUGGCUUUACAGUAUAAUGAAAGAUAUGUGGGCUCAUUGGAUUCCUACUUCUGCUUUGCCUGAUGUUCAAUACCGUGCUUCAUACUCCGUUCGUCCCAAACCUGGAUUGAAACUCAUAUCGUUAAACACGAUAUACUGCUCAGAAUUCAACUUCUACUUAUACAUUGAUCAAACUGAUCCCGACAGCACUUUGGAAUGGCUGAUUGAACAGCUCCAAGAUUCUGAAUCCAAAGGAGAGAAAGUUCACAUAAUCUCGCACAUUCCCCCCGGAGAUGAUUAUUGCUUGAAAGGAUGGUCUUGGAACUUUUUUGAGAUCAUCAGACGCUAUGAGGGCACAGUUGCUCAAAUGUAUUAUGGUCAUACCCACUACGAUCAUUUCCAAGUUCUUUAUGAGUCUGCCAACCCCAACACUCGUCCCUUCCAUAUGAAUUGGAUUAGUCCAUCCAUCACAACUUACAGUUUUUCUAACCCAUCAUACAGAAUAUAUACAGUAGAUGGAGGUUAUGCUGGUGCCACAUAUACAACCAAGGAUGUAGAGACAUACAGUACUGAUGUUGAAGAAGCUAACAAGAGUGGAAAAGAGCCAGUUUACACAUUGGAAUACAACUACAGACAAUUCUAUAACAUGACGGACUUAUCUCCACAGUCAUUCAGUGAGCUCUCUGAUCGCUUAUACAACGACCCCGAACUGUUCAAACGCUUUUUACGAUUCUACUGGAGAAAUCCUCAUGACAAUGAAUGCUACUCAUCAAAGGAAUGCAGGAAGAAGUUCGUGUGCCCAAUGAAGACAGGUCGAAGCUAUGACGAAAGCUUCUGCACAGGACUUAACUAA